UUACUUUAUUGCACUCAUCGUUUUAAUAUCAACUCCAGCAUUUUCUUGUCUUACUGAGCAUGCGUCGUCUUCGUCGAAUCCGGUCGGUUGCGAGCAAAUAGAUCACGCUAGCCUAAUGGCAAAUGACUAUAGCCAGCUGUAUCAAAACAAAAACGCAUUACUGUUUGGAGGUCAUAAAGAAGCCCGUGAUAUGGAGGUGCCAGUAAAAGAAGGAACAGCAGCCUCAGUUGAAGUUCUUCUUCGGUAUAUUUAUACUGGUCGAAUAAAUUUAAGUAUACUAAAGAGUAAAAUUGUUUUGGAAUUAUUAAUUCUCUCGAGUGUAUUUAGUUUUACAAACUUACAACUUUCACUGUCCGAGUAUUUGUGGAGUAAAAUUGAUGUACACAAUGUAAGUACGUUGUUUGCUGUGGCACUUUACUAUCAAAUCAAAGAACUCGAAGUCAAAUCAUUCAAUUUUAUCAACAUUCAUGCUUUGGACGUAGUGGAAUCUAAAGAUUCUCUUUCUUUGACGCCCGUAAUAAUAAUAGCUUAUUAA